UUUAAGCAGAGCACCAAAAUACGUUUCAUUUUAGUAGCAGGUUCGCUCUUUAAAAAAAAAAAAGAAAAAAAAAAAAGCUAUCUUCCAGUCCAUUUGCUAUAUGCUGACGGCUAGUUUCAUCCCAAGAAACGCUUGCUAACGUGGGUAGAAUAAUCUGAAUUUCAACUCUAAUUUUGACCAUAAAACUUUUGGCAAGGUGACUAUCCAGCAGGAACAGGAAAAUGACAAGGCCCCGUAAAGCGUAUUUUGCUUUUCUUGCUGUGACAAGCUUUUCAUUGUGCUUGCAAAUAAUGGCAAACCACGCUAACGAUUCCAGCUACUGGAGCUCCCCUACCCAAAAUCCAAGUAAAAGCUUGAAUAUAACUUACAUCAGUACAACUCUUGAGCUAAUAACAGACGACAGUAUCAAGACAACUAUUUCCACAAUGCCUGCAAGCACCUUUCAAACCUCACCUGCUACAUUUGGAGAGGAGCUUUCAACAUCUUCCCCUGUCCUUAAAGUAACUUCCCCAGCUCACGGCACGAGACCUACCAGAAAGACCCCGAGCACAACAACAAAGACUGUAACUUGUGAAGACAGUAAACCUCUUAUACUAGUUUGUUUCAUUAUAAUAGCAGUGCUCAUCCUUGCUUGCACCUGUUUCAUUCUGUCAACGGUGGUGAUGGCAAACAAAGUGUCCUACCUCAAAAAAUUACAAAAAAGCAAGCGUGCGCCAAGAAGUAAUGGCGAUUUUCUGGCUACAGGCAGUUUAUGGCCAACUGGAUCAGGCACGUGGCAGAGAAUGACUAAAGAGGUAACAGGCACUGACUUAAUGAUGCAAGACCUGAUGUCAGAAAAAGCUGCCACAGUUCAAAGGAAAAGUGAAGAUGGAACAACUGAGAUCCUCGCCCAAGAAAGAGAGAAGGAUCAGAACAGCCAGGGAACGUCAAAACCAUGCAACAGGAUCUUAGUCAACUUUGAAGCCGAGAUUUAAGGAAAGCUCAGGUUCCAAAAAGAGAUAAAAAUACAGCCUUGAAGUAAUGUUCUGUUUUAACCACACACUGUUAGAUCGAGAUCCAGAUUUGAGCUUUCAUGCUAUGGGACAGGAGACUGUUGUGGCAUACAGCUUCACUGCGAGGGAGUGCAACCUUGUGCUUAUUCUUUAGGUCCUUUAAACGGUGACAUAAAAGGUGUUAGACAGGGGCCCGGUCCAUUACAGCUUCUAGAGAAAAUGGUUAGCCAAGUGGAAAUAAAGCAGAACAACAUUUUGGAAACGUUUUGCUGCAACAGAAGCUCUCAAAUGAGAGUCUGUAAAUCAGUAAAGAUCUGUGGACAACCAACUCUGCAGUUCCUCCUCGCACUGAUCUGCUAAAUUAAGAACCAUCUAAAAAUAUGACACAAAGGCAAGAGCUGUAGUUGCCAGGGAGAUGUUGCAAGACAAAUGGGUGGAAUGGUCCACAUAACCACAAAUGUGAGAGGUGUUCCCUAAGACAGCCUCUGUAUUAAUACAUGCUCUGGACAGAAGAAAUAUAAAACCAAUAGACUACAUGCUGUGUGAUUUAACCUCGAAAAUCUGUCAUUCUGAGCUAUUUUUUGCUAGCAUUAAACUGCCACCGUUUACAGUACAUAUACAGCCAAAACGUGUUUUCCCCUGUGCUCGAUCACAACUUUCAAAAGGCCAGUUUGCAUCCAGGGAUGUCUGCAGUGCCUUAAAGUUUGUACAGAAACACGUAUAUCUUGUUCAGCUAUAGUAAGGAUAAUUUUCUCAACUUGGCAAUGCCAAUAAAUAUUUGUAACAGACUUUUAAAGUAGUCUACGCUUGCGUGAUCUUCUUCAUUGAACUCACUGAUGAUAAAAUGUAAUCUAUUGUUUCUAUUGUGGAAAAAAAAUAUCCUUGGAUACUAAGUCUCUGUUACUACCAGAAAUACCAGGGGAAAAUUAAAAACAUCUCAUUCUGAAGAAGUUUAUAGCCAUGAAUUCACUGGGUUAAUAAGACCAAAGGUAACAUUUUGCUACUUCACCCAGAAAAUUAAUA